AUGGGUAAAGGAUACCUGCCGCACACCGAUAUACAAACCCACCAAUAUGCUGAAUACAAUCCUAAAUCUAACAUCUGGAGCGACACAGAAAUCGACAAAAGACUUGGUGGUACUCUGAUAGCGGUUGGCCUUGGUGUUGCUGCCGCAGGAUUUUCAGGUCGCUAUGCGUUCCAGUUGUGGAAGCGUCUAGGACAGGUCGUGUCACAGACUAAGAAGAUGCCCACCUCAGCCUUCUCAUCCCAACACUAUAAAGGAGGGUUUGACCAGAAUAUGACUAAAAAUGAAGCCAGCCUCAUCCUUGGUAUUAGCCCAACCAGCACCAAGUCCAAGGUGAGAGAUGCCCACCGGAGGAUCAUGGUCCUGAACCACCCAGAUAAAGGGGGAUCUCCUUAUAUGGCCGCGAAGAUCAACGAGGCCAAGGACCUGCUGGAUAAAGGCCAACAGGGUGGAUAACUACAGCCCCCAUCACCCCACUGACCUCCUGGACUACAGUACACUACAGAUUAAAACUAAAGAUCCCAACUAUAGACCUAGCUGCUGACCUGGACUACAGUACUCUACAGAUUAAAACUAAAGAUCCCAACUAUAGACCUAGCUGCUGACCUGGACUACAGUACUCUACAGAUUAAAACUAAAGAUCCCAACUAUAGACCUAGCUGCUGACCUGGACUACAGUACUCUACAGAUUAAAACUAAAGAUCCCAACUAUAGACCUAGCUGCUGACCUGGACUACAGUACUCUUCAGAUUAAAACUAAAGAUCCCAACUAUAGACCUAGCUGCUGACCUGGACUACAGUACUCUUCAGCUCCAUUUCUAUCCCUUACCUUCCCCAGAAGCAGUGUGACUGCACAAAUGGACAAUAUACACAAUCCUUGUUACGUCUCAGUCAGGAAAGGUGCUCUUUCAAGUUGAAGGUUUCCUGUAGUUAUAGGUUUACAAAAGUCAACAUGUUUACUGUACAGUCUGUUGUAAAUGCACUAUAACAUAAGAUACAAGAUGAUAAUAAUAUUCCUUAGAAUUCCUCAAUGUGGUAAAGACAUUAUGGCUGCUGUGGUGUGUGUGUGUGUAAAAUUUAGCCAAUGUUGCUGAAUAAAGCAUUUUUUGGAAUGGUAA